AUGGAUAUGUCGUUGCCAGAAGAACUUAAAUUUAUCAAUACAUUUCUUCAGCGUGCACAAGAACUUCAAAAAAGAGAACCAGUAAUAGCGUAUUAUUGCAACUAUUAUUCCGCGAAACUUGCUCUUGAAAAGGGUACAAAGGCAAAAGAGAGUAAAGCAUAUCUCGCCAAAUUAUUAGAUUUAUUAGAACAAGAAAAAAAAAAUCUUGGUGACAAUGAGGCAGUUACAAAUGAUAUCGCUGGCGAAGCGUAUGUAGAAAAUUUCGCAUUAAAAGUAUUUUUAAAUGCGGAUAACGAAGAUCGAGCAGGAAAAGCAUCAAGAAAAACCGCAAAGAAUUUUCUCGCAGCAGCUAUUUUUCUGGAAUUAUUAAAAAUAUUUGGGGAAUUAAGUUCUGAAAAUCAGGAAAAAAUCAAAUAUUCAAAAUGGAAAGCAACUCAAAUUAUAAAAGCAUUGAAAGAUGGUCAAAUUCCUACACCUGGUCCUCCUGGAGGUGAAGCAGAUUCUCUAUCAGAUGAAUCCGUUGAUAAUAUUCCUGGCAUUGACCAGCUUCCUUCGGAUACUUCAUUAGAUAGUUCAACGAUAGAUUCUCAAUCACCCUUUCCUACAUAUCAUUCAACACCAAAUUCUGUUUAUCAUAAUGUUUCUCCUCCAAAUUCAGAUUUACACUCUGGUGUUCAUGAUUUGACUUCAUCUUUAAAUCAAAUGGAUUUAAAUAAUAAUCAACAAAUACCGCCAAAUAUUCCACCUAAAGGUAAUGAAUUUUCCGGAGGUUCUUUCCCGAACAUUAAUAAUUCAUCAUUUCAGCAACCAAUAAAUUUCCAAACGCAAACGGGACCACAAUAUUAUGACAUGGCUCAAAAUAAUCCACAACCAUCAACACCAAUACUACAUCAACCACAAUUACAGCAACCAAAUUAUGGUAUAACCACAUCUUAUCAACCGACAAUUCCAGAAUCUCAUCAUAAUAAUCAACAAUUUAUGGGUUAUUCGAAAUCAUCAUUACAAUCUCAAAAUUAUGUUGAUAUUGAUCCAAAUACUGUAUCUCAAGCUCAAAAGCAUUGUAAAUGGGCCAUAAGUGCAUUAAAUUAUAAUGAUGUUAAAACUGCCGUAGAGAAUAUUCAAAAAACAUUAGCAAUGUUAGAACCAUAUAAUCAAUAA